AUUAAAAGCAAUUGAUUCAUACUUUUUAAUGCCAAUUAUUUUAUUAAGUGUAUAUAAGAAUAGUGAAUCAUUUGGCAUAUAGAAAAUAAGCUUUUGAAAAAAUUAACUAUGAAGGAUAUUUCAAUAUUAAACAUCUAUGUAUGAUUUUCAUCUCCUAAUGUAAACUUCAAUAAUUAGUUGUUCAAGUAAACAAUUUAAAAAAAAAAUAGGAAAUUCAAUAUUUUCAUAUAGCAACGAUGAGAUAUCUUACAGUUUCAAUAUUUGUAUGCCUAAGCGUUCAAAUAUAUGCUUUUAACUCUAUGAUACAAUGGCAAGGGCCAUGUAAUUUUAUGGACACGAUUAAUAUAACAGGUGGAUAUAAGAAUGACAACAAUAGUUUUAUAUAUCAAGGAGUUACUUAUGAAUAUGGAACGUAUGGUCUUUACGGAUACAUCAUUGAGAAUCAAACAGAGAAAAUAAACGUCCCUGCACACUACAGAGGAUGUGUUUGCAAGUACAAACCUUGCCUUAGAGUAUGCUGUGUGGAAGGUCUAGGGUUGAACGGACAGCAUCCAUCAUGCAUUAAAACAAACACUCUUCAGGUUUAUACACAAGAUAAUGAUGAAACCCUUAUUGAUAUUGAAACCCAUGAAUACGGACUUUUGAUUAACCGACCUUGUGGGAAAAUGUACGAGCUUGAACCCACUGAUUAUACAGAAGAUCAAUGGUUCUUUCUUAAGAACGGAUCAAUUUUAGCUGCUUCUGGGGUUUCUGACACAAACGAUUAUUGCUUCGGACAAGUUUAUAAUAGCUCUGAUCCGGACGAAAUUUUAACUAAAGUAUUGCUGUGUUUUCAUCCUUCAAACGAUGUUAGAUUUUCAGUUUAUCCGAUUGGAAUGUUAUUCUCAAUUCCGUUUUUAAUCAUAACAUUUUGUGUAUAUGCAUUCAUUCCCGAGCUACGGAAUCUUCAUGGAAAGUGUUUGAUGUGCUAUGUUCUUAGUCUUACCAUAUUGUAUAUAAGCUUAUCUGCUGUUCAACUUGAUAGAGAAAAUGUUUUACUUGAAACAAUACAGUGUGCCGUUUUUGGAUUUUCGAUAUAUAUAUGCGUCCUUUUAUGCUUUUUCUGGUUAAAUGUUAUGUGCUAUGACAUUUGGUCAACAUUUAGAGGAGGAAUAAGUCGAGGACGGGGUGGCGACAGUAAGAGAUUUAUGUUCUACAUGAUGUACGCAUUUGGGUUCCCACUAACAAUUUCAACAAUAGUUUACAUCAUUGACAUUUACAAACUAGUGCCCGAAAACUUGUUGCCAAAAAUUGGUAUCAAAAGAUGCUGGAUGCAAAAUGAGCGCAUAGUUGAAGCAAUUUAUGUUUAUUUUCCAAUAUCUAUUAUUAUGGCUAUAAACAUAGUGCUCUACUCUAUUACUGCUUAUAAAAUCUGGCGUGUGCAAAAAGAAACAAGUGUAAUACGUCACGGAGACAGUCAAAAGCAUUCUAAAUUAGAAGCUGACACGGAUAGAUUUUUCCUUUAUUUACGAUUGUUCAUUGUAAUGGGAGCAACGUGGAGCAUGGAAUCAAUUUCAUGGGUAUUUGAAAACAACAUAAUUUUCUACGUGAGUGACUUCCUUAAUUGCGUGCAAGGGUUUAUCAUAUUUCUGCUGUUUGUGUGGAAACCGAAAAUUAAAAAAUUAAUGGUUAAAAGAUACCGUUCAAUAAGAAAAAUACCUCUUACAUCUCAAACUGGAAAUUCGUCACGAACUGAGACUUCGAGAAUAUCCUCAGGAGUUUCAAAUACCAAGCAUGUCCCGAUUGCGGAGAAACCAAUGCUGGAAGACUAAAAAUCAUUGCAUUAUUGAAAAUCAACCUCAUCAUUUGAAAAUUGUCUGGAAAAAAAUUAGUGAUAGCCAGUAAAAGCAUUUAUUAAGUUACUUUACGCGAUAGCAGAGCUAAAAUUAUUUGAUAACUAUUAAUACUAUAUUAUAGUGUUAAGAUCAUUAUUUUAAAAAUAAUAAUAUUUGUUGUUAUAAAUUAAAUAGUGUCUAUUUCGUAACAUAAUAAUAAAGCC